AUGGGUAUAUUGAAGAUUGGAAUCGGGUUUUGCACAAAAUCAGCUGGCCUAAAUAAAAUGCCAGGCUGGGAAAAUUGCUCAUGGGGUUAUCAUGGUGAUAAUGGAAACUUGCAUUUUGAAAAUUAUGGCGAACCAUAUGGAACAGAAUUUAUGACCGGUGAUACUAUCGGGUGCUGUUUAAACUACAGAAAUAAUACGGUAUUUUAUACAAGAAACGGGGUGAAUCUAGGUAUUGCAUUCCGAGAUUUAGAAAAAGCUUUGUAUCCUUGUGUUGGAAUGUUGUCACCAGGUGGAUCUAUCGGAGCAAACUUUGGCUAUAAAAAGUUCAAAUACACAG